GCUAAACUUUACCGUCAAGGAAUGGCAGUACAACAGUGGGACUUUGGGAAUAUUAAAAAGCAUUCAAGGGAUCCUGUCAACGAUCCUGCUGGUUGCAACGCGCCGAACUUGCCAGCCUUUCAGAUCACAAUUCCCAUAAGCGAAGUAUUUUGGGAUCCGCCGUUUCCUAUCCCGCCUGCGUAUGUUCCAAUAAUCCCGGCAAACGUAAUUGGUACAAAUUUUAUUAUUGACUUGUACCGAAUCCAGCAGAUGGCUUUAAAAGCUGGAGUCAAACAGCAGUGA